GGGUUUUAUUAAACGUUUCCUUUUUAACUCGAGAUUUUUAGACUGUUGUAAGUGAUUGUGCUGACUGUGAAAACAGACGGCCAACUGAUAAGUAACAAACAUGUUGAGCAAUUGAUAAGACUUGGGCAGUCGGUCGUGAAAUGGCGAAGGCUAACGACGCCGAGGAUUUCGUGACGUGUGGCGUUUGUUUAUGGGAAUACGACGAAGAAAUCAGAAAACCCAAAUUCCUACCAUGUUCGCACACCGUUUGCCUCGAGUGCCUCAAGGAAAUACGACGAGCAGACACUAUUACGUGCCCUUUCUGCAGAAAAGUUGUUACAAAAGACGCCAACAGUCCAGGGGCCGAGUGGAUCCUGCCCAACAACUUUUACGCCCUUCAGCUCCUGAAACUGAAUAAGCAAAAGGCUGUUUCACGCUCAAAUGAAGCAAAUUCACCGUUGAAGAAUAAGAAUAUCGAAGAUCUCGUCAAAUUAAAAGAAGAGCUUCUGAAAAUGAGAGACGCUGGAACGAAUAAAUUAGCGUUGGCCAUUCAGAAACGCAAAGAAGUAGAAGAGCAUUUGGAACUUGUCAUCAAAUCCAUCCGUGCUGCAGAAGAAGGAGCCAUCAAAUGCCACGAUGAAAAUAACUUUGGCCUAGCUGAAUUGAUUUCCAUCUUGGAGACAAACGCCAGACUGGGAUCCAAUACUUUUACGUUAGAUGAGAAAACAAACAUUUCUUCCGAAAAAGACUUUGUUUUAUUAGAGCUGCUGUCUUUGGUGGAAGGAUCCACAUCCGAAGAUACUGCCGAGGUGCUGACCAAAAAGAUGACUGAAUCCAUUGAAUUGUACGAGCGAAAAUUGACUGAAGCCACGGCCGUAGCUUCAAAGUUUGAACUCCGCCAGAAAACCAAAGUUCAAGUUCAUCUAUCAGACGAACGUUAUCGCCCCAUCCCGACCUGCGCCUGGUUAGAAGAAGGAUUCCGUUUCCAGCCUCUCGAUUCAUCUUUAAGUGAUGCUCAAGUCAAACAAGAUUCAUUGCUGAUCUAUCACGCCGUUUUCUCAGCUCUUGAACGACAAAAGAUUCCGUUGAAAAGUGUGCAGAAACCAACAGCAAGUGCCUUGCUACCCACUUCAACUACACCAGUGCCUGCCACCGUAUCCGGCAAGUGCAAAUUCGUUCCGGGAAAUCUAUCGGCGAAAUUUAUUCUACGUCUGUUUCAAUCGGGUAGAUUAAAAGGCGAAAUUCACAUCCGUCCAGCGCCCACAUUCCAUCCGGAUUUUGUACAGAAAUUGGGCGAUUUUUGCUACAAAUCUCCGAAAAACUUUUCCAGCGUCAUUGACAAGGCCAUGUCUGGAGUGUAUGUUCAGUUCUCGAUGAUCCAUCCGCUAUUCCAACCUGAAGUUCCCAGUAUGAUCGGUCACGAUUCUAAAUGGGAUCGCAGCUACGACUCCUUUUUCAAUCUGACAGCUAACGAAGUCGAUGACGUCGGCAUCACUUUAGUCAAGUCCUCUGCCACUGGUAAAAUUAUCGGUUGGAAUUUCGUCUUUGUGUUGGUGCCCAACGAGGAUUUCCAUCGCUACGAACUGCACAAAAUGGUGACGAGCAACGAAUUCUUUGGCCGCGUGAUGGACCACAAGAUGUUGGAGCACAUGGUCAACUUGAGCAAAGCCAGCAAAUACGAAAGAGAAAAAUACAUCAUGACCCUGGAAUCCCAGUCCUGAGUUGUAAGUUGUUCCCAGUUAGUGUUUAUAUCUUUUCCAUUGAUGACGCUGCCAAUUGGAUUACGCUGAAAUCCAAAUAAAAACGGGAAAUUUUAA